AUGAGACAGAUAAGAUGGCUCAAAUUUCUGAAGUAUUAUGAUUUUGUUUUGAGUUAUCAUUCGGGUAAAGCCAAUGUGUUAGUUGAUAUGUUGAGUAGGAAGUCCUUGCAUAUGUCGAUGAUGAUGGUUCGAGAAUUGGGAUUGAUUGAGCAGUUCCGAGACAUGAGUUUGGUAUGUGAAGAGACUCAUAACAAUGUGAAGUUAGGCAUGUUGAAGCUGACUACUGGCAUCCUUGAAGAUAUCAGAAAAGAUCAGAAAGUUAAUUUGGGAUUGAUUGACCUACUUGUAAUAAUCAACCAAGGUAAAAGAGGUGACUUCAUAAUCAACGAGAAUGGUGUGAUGAGGUUUAGAGGAGGGAUAGAUGGUCAGAUGGAGAAUCAUCCAACCCAUGGAGGAUCUGCUGAGGGCUUGUAUGCUAGAACAAGUAAGUACAAUGGAUACCUACUUGUCGUUUAUUGA